AUGGCAGCAUCCAUGAACAACAUAAGCUUCAUUAGGCCUAGAGUCUCACUCCUCGAAGCUUAUUACAAGAAGAUUAACGGAUACUACACGGAGGAUUUUCCCGGGGUGCCCCUUAAGUUCUAUGACUUUGUCAAUGGGGCACCUAAUAACAUCCCCUUUGACACACAAUCAACGAAUGGGACUCGGAUCAAGGUACUCGAGUAUGGAAGUAGGGUGCAACUGAUUUUGCAGGACACUGGCACGGUUACCACCGAGAACCACCCAAUCCAUCUCCAUGGCUACAACUUCUAUGUCGUGGGCUAUGGCACCGGGAACUAUAAUCCCAGACCGCAAUAUUCAACCUGGUCGAUCCUCCCUACAUGA